AUGUCUGUGCUCGAAGGGGCUCGGCAUUCGUCGCCGUCCCCCGAAAGUCCAGGUACCCCAAGCCAAACACCGCCUCCCUACAACGGUCGCAACAGCAAAACAAAAUACUCCAACCUCGCUCGCGCUGCCAUAAUGACGAGCGCUUCCUCGACUCCUCGACUCGAAGGCGAACAUCUUCCCAACCAUGCCGGUCACCAACACCAUUCCUCGCUCAUGCCUCCGCCAACGUCCGCAUUUGGACGCAUAUCUCCAAAAUCACAGCCACAUGGCGCCAACUCGAUGGGAAGGGCUUUGACGGACACACCACUGCCGAGUGCGCCUGGCAGUCCGCAGAUAUCUGCUCGUGGUAGCGCAGCCACCUCGGGGUCUGCCACGCCUAAACUCAGGGCCACCACCCUCGAUAUCCCAGGCCUGACUCGGUCCAAGGUGUCACCCAAUGGUCAAAUUGCCGAGCGAGAUGUGGGAGCCAAGCUGAUCAUCAUCAUGGUCGGCCUGCCCGCCAGAGGGAAGAGUUACAUUGUGAAGAAGAUUGCAAGAUAUUUAAACUGGUUACAACAUCCCACAAGGAUCUUCAAUGUGGGUGAUCGCCGAAGAGUUGCUGCUGGGAGAGGCAAGCCGAUCCCAGAUCGGACGACGGAGGCGCUACGAGAGUCUGUACGAAGGAUGAGUUCUAAUACAGGCGGCUCGUCAGAAAAUAAUGCGGACCCCCACUUGCUCCCGCCUCCUGUGAUCAAGACUGAUGAUAUUCUUGUCAAUGGCGAGGCUGCGAAGCUAGAUGUAUUGUCACCUACCAGUCCGCCGCCCACGGGCAGCCCCGAGUCGACCGAAAACAACCAUGAGCCCAUUCAGCUCCCUGCGCCUGAGCCCAUGGACCAGUCUGCUUCCUUUUUCGACCCUCAGAAUACACGAGGCAAGCAACUACGAGAACAGGUCGCGCAUGAAACGUUAGACGAGUUGUUGAAGUAUGUCUUGGAGGAUGGUGGAUCAGUCGGCAUCUUGGACGCAACAAACCACACCCAAGAACGCCGACUGUCGCUGAUCAGGCACAUUCGAGAGCGGGACGAAAACAUCAACGUGCUCUUUCUCGAGUCUCGUUGUCAGGACAAGAAUCUGCUCGAGGCCAACAUGCGGCUAAAGUUGUCAGGCCCUGACUACAGGGGCAAGGACCCGAUUGCCGCUUUGAGGGACUUCCAAGAACGUGUUGAACAAUAUGAAAAAUCAUAUCAGAAGCUCGACGAUUUCGAAGAAGACCACAACAUGGCAUAUUGCUCAAUGAUCGACGUCGGCCGGAAAAUGAUCAGUUUUCAGGUCCAGGGCUUUCUGAGUAUUCAGACCGUGACAUAUCUGAUGAAUUUCAACUUGGCUCCGCGACAAAUCUGGAUCACUCGACAUGGUGAAUCGACGGACAACGUGGCUGGCAAGAUUGGUGGUGAUAGUUCGCUGAGUCCGAACGGGGUGAGAUACGCGAAAGCGUUGGAGAGAUUCAUUGGUGAACAAUGGAAAUUAUGGGAGGAGAACCAGGCCCAGAAACAGGCCAACACCCACUUCCCUCCUCUGCCCGGCGACACAACACCACCCAACCCGGAGUACACGGCGCAAACAUUGCAACAACGCAACUUUUGUGUUUGGACCAGCAUGUUGAAGAGGAGUAUUGAGACCAGCCAGUUUUUCAACGAGGACGAGUACGACAUCAAACAGAUGAAGAUGUUGGAUGAGUUGAAUGCGGGUUACAUGGAGGGAAUGACUUACACAGAGAUUCGACACAAAUUCCACCAUGAAUACGAGCUCCGCAAACGGGACAAGAUGGCAUACAGAUAUCCUGGCCCGGGUGGUGAAGGGUACUUUGAUGUUAUCAAUCGUCUGGGCAAAGUGAUUCUUGAGAUUGAAAGAAUGACCGACCAUGCGUUGAUUAUCGGACACCGAAGCAUUUCUCGGGUCUUGUUGGCAUAUUUCAUGGGCCUCAAGCAAGAGGACAUCAGUGACCUGGAUGUUCCCCUUGGUGUCUUGUACAUGUUGGAGCCGAGACCUUAUGGCGUCGAGUUCAAGGCCUUUCGAUGGGAUCCUGUGACGGAUGAGUUUCGCUAUGAGCCAGACUACCGCAUGAGACGAGCCACUGAUCCGCAGGCUUGA